GGCAAGGGGUUAAAUCACGUGUGCGCCUGUGAACUUAUCACUGAGGCCCAUAAAAAAGUGUAAUUUGAAGAAAGAGAACAAAGAAAUGAGCGAGUAUAAAAUCCCCCUGCGAGACACUUCUCCGUCCAUUUCUUCUGCCCGCUAUCCCCCAAGCUGUGUUCCAGCCCGGUCAAACUGCGAGUCUGCUCCGAAUCAAAAGAUGAUGCUGCUUCCUUUGGUUUACUGUAGCGUCUUUGCAUAUCACCUCUUGCUCUGCAUUCAUUCUCUGCCAGUACCGGAGGGGAGAGCCAGCAACAGGUACAAAGCGGUGCCGGGAUGGCCUCAGAAGACCCACAACUAUGGCCUAAAGAAGAGGGGCAGGUUUGGCCAUACUCAGGACACGCUGAAGGAACGACCGCGCCCGUCAGGAAGUGUCUAUCCAGAGACUAUGCUUCCCGGGAAUGGAACAGAGUUGGUCUGGAACCGGCCUCGCUGCGGUGUUCCAGACUAUCCUACUCAGAAGCAAGGUGUCAUCUCGGACUACCACAUGCGGAAGGGAGAAACCUUUGGAGGAAAGCAGCGUCAGAAGCGAUUCGUUCUCUUUGGGGGGCGCUGGGACAAGACUGACCUCACCUACAAGAUCAUGCGCUUCCCCUGGCAGCUGUGUAAGGAGAAAGUGCGUCGAAUCCUACAGGAGGCGCUGCGUGUGUGGAGUGACGUCACGCCCCUGAAGUUUACCGAGGUCAGCAGUGGGAGAGCUGACAUCAUCAUCGACUUCACCAGGUACUGGCAUGGUGACAACCUGCCCUUUGAUGGUCCUGGAGGCAUUCUGGCUCAUGCCUUUUUUCCCAGAACUCACCGGGCAGGGGACAUCCACUUUGACUAUGACGAGAGUUGGACAGUUGGCAACAGCAUGGGCACAGACCUCCUGCAGGUGGCGGCCCAUGAGUUUGGCCACGUCCUCGGCCUCCAGCACUCCCUGGUCGACGGAGCCGUCAUGUCCCCAUUCUACAGCUUCUCAUACCCGUUGGGUCUGAGUGACGAUGACAAGCAGGGCAUCCAACACCUCUACGGCCCACCGCGGAAAGCCCCGCCUGUCAUCACAGAGACCAAUGAGAUCGAAAACACUGUGCCGGACCCCUGCAGGACUAACUUUGACGCAGUGUCCAUGAUCAGGGGCGAGCUGUUCUUCUUCAAGUCCCGCUAUGUGUGGCGUAUCCGCGACGGCCGACUGCAGGUUGGGUACCCGGCGCUAGCAACGCGCCACUGGAGGGGGAUCCCCAAUAACAUUGAUGCGGCCUAUGAAGACAAGACUGGAAACAGCUGGUUCUUCCAAGGUGACAGUUACUGGGUGUUUGACGCGGAGAGGAAGAUCACUGGGCCGGACUCGUUGAGUCGGCUGGGCCUCCACGUGUCGGACAUCCAGGCAGCCCUCAUGUGGGGCGAGGACAAGGCCCAGAAGACUUACCUCUUCAAGUCGGGCACCUACUGGUGCUUCAGCCCCCUGGAGAACCGGGUGGAGACAGCCCACCCGCGCAGCAUGCAGGACUGGAGGGGCAUCCCCAUGGACAUCGACGCCGCCUUUCAGGACCGAUAUGGAUAUGCUCAUUUCCUGAGUGGGAUACAGUAUUGGAAGUUUGACCCGGUGGAGAUGAAGGUUCUGGAAGGAUACCCACGCUAUAUCGGCAUGGACUUCUUUGGCUGCCCGCUUCCUAUUAUCGAUAAAGCCCAGGAAGAGUCCGUAUCGCCCCAAGAGGUGAAUGGAAUAUCACGGCCAAAUUAAUUUGUUUGUGCUUAAGACUGAUGUCGUUCCAGUGGGACUUUAGACUGAUAUAAUUUCAUCAUUGCGUGACAUCAACAGGUUGACUGCAGCUGUUGGUCUAUUAGAGGUGAGGACUUGGUUGAAACCUUCAUUAUGAACCCAGUCUGAGGUCCGUGGCUGUCUGAAGACCACUAGAAAUUGAGGUCAUAUUUCAAUGGAUGAAUUGGGUAUACCAUCCACAAUAUGAUAUUUGCUGGUGUAAAAUCGAUGCACAGGCUUUCAGAGAUACGUUAAAGAGCACACGGCCAGCUAACUGAAAAUAAAUCUAUGUACGCAACUGGUAACUGUAAAUGGACAUCUUCAUUCAAGAUAAGUAACUUCAACACUUUAGUUAUUGACCAUCAUAACGCAAUCAAUCAAUAGCCAGCUUUUUGUCUCAAGACAAAUGCUUACCUCUUAUUGCAUCGAAUAAUAAGUAGUGGAAUGUUAUUUUAUUUACUUGUAUUUGCCUUUGUUCUGUACCAGAGGCCAAUGACUAUUACAAAGGUUUUGUAUAGCCUCUUUAACCUACUAUUGAACAGUGGCAUUUUCAAAUCAUUAGAAACAGUAGUUAGAGUAUUAUUUCAAUACUGUAUGAGUACUUUUCUCUUUUAAAACGUCAACCGGUGUACUAGAAAAGUGAGGUGACAAUUCCAUGUUUCUUAUUGGUGCUCAUCACCCCAUCAACAGCCAAUGAUACUCUUCUCAGGAAAUGCACAUUUAACAAACUAUAGCCUCUGCUGAAUAUAUAUAUAUAUAUUUUACUUGAUAUAUAGCCUUCAUUCUUAUUUAUUGUUGUUUAUGUGUUGUCAAACGUUUUUUAUCCACAGAUGAGUCUCAAGCAUUUUCCCGCUUUCUUUUCUGCCAUUGUUUCGACAAAACCUAUCAGGUGUAGCAGUGUAAACCUAUUUGACAGGGACCCACAUUUUCUCUCCAGCCUCAUUGAGCUUUCUAUUUCACACACAGGUGCUCAAACAGACUCAACGAGGAAGGUAAACGUGUACCUCAAAUAAAGUGCUUUGCCUUUAACACUUAAAGGUACAUUACACUCCAAAAUCAACGUUUGUCAGAUGUUUUGAUACCUUAAAAGUAGUGUUCUGUUAACGUAAAUCCACGACCUAGGACAUCUGUUUUCUACAUCCCGCUAUAUGCCACAAUCCAAAAUGAAUGGAAACGAUAAGCUUAUCUUUUCCAUUUAUUUGCGGUUGAUGCAUAUAGCUAGAGGGUUGUGAAUUCAUCCUGACUUUAGUCUAGUUUUGAGGCCUGAAGAUGUAUGACAAAGUUUGAUUUUGGAGUAUAAUGUCCCUUUAAAACAACAUUGAUAUGAUUUUACAGUGGUGGAAGCCAAGCAUUGCAUAUCAACAGUUGUCACAGUGAUACCUCAUCAGGUAAAACGUCCUUCAUGCUCUUCUCUGACUACUCCAGGAUGGUCCUGUAAACUUUAUUCAUGUUGUAGUGUGCAGCCAUUUGUCAUGCAGCUAGCGUCAAUGAAAAAGUAAUUGGUGCUGCAGUGUAUCAGUGCAGGCCACUGAUACCAUUUCCUCACUUUUUUUGAUACAUUGUGAUCUGUCAUUGAUUGCAAGAUAACUAUUUCACAUAGCUGAGGUGAAAGAGCCUUCACUUGCACGGGUUAUUUUUGGCUACAGAGCAUUGUCUGUUGAAAUGUCUCCCAAACACAGUUUUUUAACCAUGUGUAUGUAAGUAUCCCAGAUAUCAAUCUAACCAUCCACCUUUCCUAUGAUUUUUUUUUUUUUACGUAAAUAUAUUUUAUACUAUGUAAAUAUUUCUUUUUUUAUAAAUGCUGUAUAAUACUUUGA